ACUGGGGGUAAGAGCCCCUCUGCCUAGCACUGCUCCCCCCAGGCUCCCAGAAAUCUCAGGUCAGAGGCACGGACAGCCUCUGGAGCUCUCUUCUGGUGGGACCAUGAACUGCCAGCAGCUGUGGCUGGGCUUCCUACUCCCCAUGACAGUCUCAGGCCGGGUCCUGGGGCUUGCAGAGGUGGCGCCCGUGGACUACCUGUCACAAUAUGGGUACCUACAGAAGCCUCUAGAAGGAUCUAAUAACUUCAAGCCAGAAGAUAUCACCGAGGCUCUGAGAGCUUUUCAGGAAGCAUCUGAACUUCCAGUCUCAGGUCAGCUGGAUGAUGCCACAAGGGCCCGCAUGAGGCAGCCUCGUUGUGGCCUAGAGGAUCCCUUCAACCAGAAGACCCUUAAAUACCUGUUGCUGGGCCGCUGGAGAAAGAAGCACCUGACUUUCCGCAUCUUGAACCUGCCCUCCACCCUUCCACCCCACACAGCCCGGGCAGCCCUGCGUCAAGCCUUCCAGGACUGGAGCAAUGUGGCUCCCUUGACCUUCCAAGAGGUGCAGGCUGGCGCGGCUGACAUCCGCCUCUCCUUCCAUGGCCGCCAAAGCUCGUACUGUUCCAAUACUUUUGAUGGGCCUGGGAGAGUCCUGGCCCAUGCCGACAUCCCAGAGCUGGGCAGUGUGCACUUCGACGAAGACGAGUUCUGGACUGAGGGGACCUACCAUGGGGUGAACCUGCGCAUCAUUGCAGCCCAUGAAGUGGGCCAUGCUCUGGGGCUUGGGCACUCCCGAUAUUCCCAGGCCCUCAUGGCCCCAGUCUACGAGGGCUACCGGCCCCACUUCAAGCUGCACCCAGAUGAUGUGGCAGGGAUCCAGGCUCUCUAUGGCAAGAAGAGUCCAGUGAUAAGGGAUGAGGAAGAAGAAGAAACAGAGCUGCCCACUGUGCCCCCAGAACCCAGUCCCAUGCCAGACCCUUGCAGUAGUGAACUGGAUGCCAUGAUGCUGGGGCCCCGUGGGAAGACCUAUGCUUUCAAGGGGGACUAUGUGUGGACUGUAUCAGAUUCAGGACCGGGCCCCUUGUUCCGAGUGUCUGCCCUUUGGGAGGGGCUCCCCGGAAACCUGGAUGCUGCUGUCUACUCGCCUCGAACACAAUGGAUUCACUUCUUUAAGGGAGACAAGGUGUGGCGCUACAUUAAUUUCAAGAUGUCUCCUGGCUUCCCCAAGAAGCUGAAUAGGGUAGAACCUAACCUGGAUGCAGCUCUCUAUUGGCCUCUCAACCAAAAGGUGUUCCUCUUUAAGGGCUCCGGGUACUGGCAGUGGGACGAGCUAGCCCGAACUGACUUCAGCAGCUACCCCAAACCAAUCAAGGGUUUGUUUACGGGAGUGCCAAACCAGCCCUCGGCUGCUAUGAGUUGGCAAGAUGGCCGAGUCUACUUCUUCAAGGGCAAAGUCUACUGGCGCCUCAACCAGCAGCUUCGAGUAGAGAAAGGCUAUCCCAGAAAUAUUGCCCACAACUGGAUGCACUGUCGUCCCCAGACUAUAGACACUACCCCAUCAGGUGGGAAUACCACUCCCUCAGGUACGGGCAUAACCUUGGAUACCACUCUCUCAGCCACAGAAACCACAUUUGAAUACUGACUGCUCACCCACAGACACAAUCUUGGACAUUAACCCCUGAGGCUCCACCACCCACCCUUUCAUUCCCCCCCAGAAGCCUAAGGCCUAAUAGCUGAAUGAAAUACCUGUCUGCUCAGUAGAACCU